GGGUCAGUCCCUGACAGCACGCCUGCUAUCGUCAAUGGCGCAGACGACGAAAAACUCGGCCAUGGCUGUAGUCUGCCUCGGCCCAUGGGGAGACUCAAGCCCCGUCGUGUACCCUAGCGUGCGCUUUAGAGAUAUGGCUAUCGAGACCGUCAACUUUGCGACGGGCGGCACAGCUACCCUCAUCACGCCGUUCGCGAGCGAGGUCGGCGGUGAUCUCCUCGGAGACGGUAUCAUCGCCGAGCUCGUAACCCAAGUGGGCAAAGAUGCGGUGGCUGGGGUCGCUGACCAGGCGCUGAUCAAGGAGCCAAUUGAAAAGCUAGGCGACGAGAAAGACCGCACGCUGAAGACGGAGAACUUGAAGACGCUGAAGAUCACGCUGCGCUACCGCAGUACAAGGAAGGAGGCGCUGCUUGGGUUUUAUCAUGCGUCAGAUACGACGUCGGGAACCAAUAUCGUCGACAAGACGAGGGAUUAUUUCGACACGACGAUGGGCUGGUUCUGCCCCUACCUAUACGCCAGUGGCCGCACGCCCCUCAUCCCACGGAAGGUCACGCCCGACGUCAUCUUCGCGCACGGCCCCUUCCUCAACGGUGAUUACCAAGUCGCGCAAACCCUUCUCACCGAAUCCAGCAAAAUCCUCUCCCUCUGCCCCCACGAAUCGCCCUCGCCCACGCACCGCCGCAUGCUCGUCACCGUCCUCGGCCUCAAGCCCUACCGCCUCGGCUGGACCUCCUCCGCGCGCCCCGGCCAGUCCAUCCUCCACUACCAGCUCCCCGACGGCUGCCCCGCGCUCGUCCUCCCCGUCCGCGACGGCAGUCCCCUGGUCGCGUGGUUCGCGGCGGGGCGGACGCUUUCAAAACUGUGGAAGAUCAAUCUGAGCACGGAGGAGGGUAUAGAGGAACUGGCGACGCAUACUCGCUCGCUGGCGGAAUUCCUCAAUUUGUGCGUAGACUGGGACAGAGAGACGGACGAGAAUGGGAAGAAGGGGAAGGGUGGGCGGCAGAGGCUGGAUCGCGCGGUGGAGCUGUUGCUAGAAUCGGCGGUGCGGAGCGGGCAGAGCAAGCGGGUGGUGAAGGAGGUGGAUGGGGAUCGGGCGGGGAUUGCGAUGUUCAGGCUGCCUUGAGCGAGUUUUAUCACCGUUAUUAAGCUUUCAGAAUACUUUAUCAAAGAUCUUUACGAUACGUUUGGUUCAACAAGCAAUAAAUUACAGACAACAUGUAGCGCACU